AGAAGACCCGGUCGAUGUAUACGCAGUCAGUUUUCGAACAUCCUUCGAGAAGCAGAUGAGCGCCUUUCGAAUGCUGUCUGCUGGAGCAAUAGAGAGAUUUUCAAGGGAGACCUUCUACCGGAUGCUGUUGACUGUCACUCGUAAGAAACACCCUAUUGAAUCGAUAAGGCCGAGCAGAGGCGACGCUCUCAGCUACAUUAAGUCGCUAGAACAGCUGAAACGCCAAGUGAAUUCUUUGAAAAGAACCAAAAGACGUAUAUUGUAUUCAGCCGACGAAAUCGAGAACAUUGGACGCUAUUUUAAAGUAUUCUUCGAUGACCUUGAAUACCUACGUGACCUCAAAGCUUACUUUGACGAACGAAUUCUGAAAUACAUCGUAGAAAUUAGCAAUCAAGCUACUUUAUCGAUCCUGUCUCGACAGAGAACAAGAACAGGAGCAGGUGCAAGAUCUGGGACAACUUCAGCAUCGGGAACGUGGUUGCCAAAACUGAAAACACCCAAUGCUAAUAAAAGUAAAAGUUCGCUGGAAAUUAGCGCCAAAAAGGAAAUGAAGAACAUAACGCAUUUGGUGAACACUUUAAGGUGUUUAGAAAUAAAAUGGGCCAAUGUUUUAAGAGAAGAAGACAUUGAUUCGGAGAAUUAUGAAGCAGAAACGAGAAAAGCAAUGAUGAAACAACGAGACCGAUCGUGUUUCGAACUGAUAUGGUACUUGAUUCCGGAUCUGUUUGCUAAAGCGUCGAAAGCAGUCAAAUUGUCUAGGCAGUGGGUCCUGAAGAUAACAUCGUAUUAUGAUAUUCUACUCUCUGCUGAUAUCAAAAAGAAAACGAAGGAAAUUUUAGCGAAAAUAGCGGAAAUUAAUCAAAGUAUUGCGGUGGAUGAAGAAAAAGUAAAAGUUUUGGAAGUUGAAAUGAAGCGACUUUCGUUGAAGGAACACCGCCAUAAUCUUUUAACCAAAGAUUAUAACAGCACAAAGGAAAAAAUUGACCGCGCCAGUUCCAGUUACCAUAAAACGCAGCUGGAACAGAAGUCUUUGAACCGUAAGUUACAAGAUACCAAUUCUUUAUCGACCGACGAAUACAAUAAUCUCACGACGAAAUUGGAACAAGUCAAAUGGAAAAUUUCAACUUGUCAAACAGAAUUAAAGAUUCAGAAAUUUAAUUUAUCGCUUUUGCAACAAGAUCUCAUUUUGGAAGCUGACAUGCGCUCGACUUUCAUCCGGUUCCAGGAAACAGUCAAAGAAAUGCUGCAGGGUUUGAACUCGAAGAUUGAAAUGAAGAAAGAAACGAAACGAAAACUCGAGAAGGAAAUCGUGUUGCUCAAAGCAAACAACCGGAAGCAACAGGAUUUGACCAAAGAUGGCCGUCUGUCUGGUGAUGUGGCUGCUGAAAAAGAGGAGGAUAACAACGGCCGUAACAACCAGAGUGAUGAUGCCGAUGAUGAUGCUGAUGACAACGAUGACGAUGAUAAUGAUUAUUAUUACAACGACGACGAUGAUGACGAUGAUGAGGACAACGAAGAUUAUGGUGAUGAGGAAGACGAUGACGUUGGUGACGACAUCGGAGACGGAGAAGACAGCGAUUAUCUGGACAGCGAGAGCGAUGUUUUCGUGCAGAUCAGUGAAAGACUGAGCGAACCUAGGGCUUUCGAACAUUUCAACCAAAAUGUUUAUCUCUACACAAACAGUGCAAAAAGCCUAAAACAGAAUCACAAACGUGAAGUACGCUACAACGACAAUGUGACCGUCUCGAAAAUUCCAAACGAUUCUGAUAUAUUUAUAACGAUGCAGCAUCGAAACUUCGAGAGUUUAACCUCUUAUCUCAACAGCAAAUCACAUAGCUCUAAUAGCUUACAAAGAAAAUCCCGAAUUCCAAGGUUAAAGGUGCAAUAAGGCCUUAAUAUUUAUUACAUACCCUACAAACGUUCCCUAAGUCCUUUUGCACCUUUAAUCAAAUUUCUCGUUUGGAAUAGAAAAAUCUAUGGUGUAAAUUUAAUAAGAACUUACCCAGAGAUCUUACAUAUGCAAAAUAGCUAAAUCUUCGUGAAAAAGACUUUCUUCGCUUCGGUUAUCAGAAAAUGGUUCCUUUCUGAUCGGUGCUGUCUCGCUACAAUGUUCGUUUUAGGCUCCACAGUGGAGCCUUAUUCAUAUAUCUAGGACGGCCCUGCUGUUGCUACACGCACAAAAAUCCUAGACAUUUGCACUUUGGAAAGGUCCAUUAUACCUGACUAAAACCGAAUCUUUCACUGACACAUUAUAGAUCAGUUACUGUUCAAAUAUUUAAUGCAAGUCGUAUCAACAAUCAAAUUUCAAUUUACUCUGCGGUGAGGAAGACAUUGGCGCUGAAGCUAAUGUCGUUUUAAUAAUGCCUGAAAGUAGGGGAGAGAACUUCAGGCAUUUUUUUUUUUUUUUCGUUCAUAGAGUUACCAUUGUUACAUCUGGUUUCCUUGUACAGUGAAAUAAAAUGGAACGUGAAGAAACGUGGGGAAAAACUCAGGGGAUUUCACCAAGAGCUAUGCCCCUUGUACAAAUAAACCUGCUCUAUUGACAAAUACAUGAAUACCUGCUCCUUUUUUUCUGACUUGUGGAUAUGUAAAAUUUUCCUGGUUUACGAGAGGGUUUCUACACUGAAUAUGGCGACCCUUUGACGACGGGUGUGUCAACAGUGACAUGACAUAGACUUUUGGGUGGAUGGCAGCGAACUUUGGAAGAAGAAAAUAUCCCUUGUAUAUCAAGUUGUCUAAAUGCAUGUCUCUAAAUAUUUCCCUAAAAUUAAAAUACAUUUAAACGAUAUUCCACACACAGGACUAUGAAAAACUGAAAUUUUGAUAUGAGCCUGGCCAUCUACAGGGUCACUGAACCCGCUGGAAAUGACAGCAAAAUUUCUUUCAAAUUACACCCUACUCUGUGUGUGUGUGUGUGUGUGUGUGUGUGUGUGUGUGUGUGUGUGUGUGUGCGUGUGUGUGUGUGUGUGUGUUCUUUCUUUUCAAUGGAAGAAGACAUUCGAUGACGUACAGCAAUGUCCAGGAAGAAAUAUGGUACAAUCAUGGCUGGAAAUUUUUGAUUAACGAUUAUGGCAAGUUUAGGGGUUAAACGUCAACUAUAAACACCAGUUUCGCCUCUGCUACCAACACACCCCCUCUACAAACAUCACCACUACCAACAACACUGCCACCGAAUCAGCCAGAGAUCCUUUACAUUGUCAUCCAACAUGUUAGAAACAACAGUUAAAUCUCCCUGAAAUCGCACCCUACAGUUUAACAAGAAGAACAAAAGAAACAUUGAAUGAAAGUAGUCCUAGAUACACCAUGUUUGUGAAACAAAAAAAAAAGACUAGAUGAUCACAGCAGGAAAACAUUUAAUCAUAAGUCUUGUCAUUCAGAUCUGACACAGGACUAAAGAAAUGUAUAAAAACAGCUAUACGUUAUUUUAAAAUUAAUCCUAUUUAAUAAUCUGCUGAAACUCUUCGACAUUUAUAUCAAUAUUUCUAUAGAAGACAAAAUAUAAAUAGAAUAAAUUUUCACAGGUAAAACAUUUUAAGACAAUGUUUUUCAAUAAUAUACUUUCACGUGUUUCAUUCAGAGAAUAGCACAUCUAUAUCUAGAGUCAUCAAACACUCCGAUGAAUAUAUAUAUAUAUAUGAAGUUCUGAUGUUCUCUACAUUAAACACCUUACAAAUUACUUAAACUUUGUAAUAUAAAACUACAAACUCUGCCUUUAAAUACGUUGAGUACUUUUUCGAUUUGCGAGCACCUUUACUUUAUGACUAUGGAUACCUGUACCACACAUUUAUCAAUAUCAUGUGUGUGUGUGUGUGUGUGUGUGUGUGUGUGUGUGUGUGUGUGUGCGUGCGUGCCUGCGUAUGUGCGUACAUGUGCGUCUGUCUGCGUGCGUGUAUGCUAUAAGAUGUAUUCUACACGGUUAAACUACGAACCAAGUUUUAAAUAAUUUAAUAGAUGGAUUGUGCAAACAUCAUUGAAUAUGUUGGUUAUAGCCCAGCUGAACAGCUUUGGUGUCGCAUUCUUAUCUGAAGAUCGCAUGAAAGAUUCCCUAAAGAUACAAAAUUUGAAAUCAAGGAAUGCUAAGCUGAACCGUAACCAAUAUCUAUCCAUCCAUAUAUAUUCAUAUAUAUAUAUAUAUAUAUAUAUAUAUAUAUAUAUAUAUAUACACCCUUAUCCCUCGCAGAAAACUGCAGCACUGACAGGCCGCCAUUCCUGGGUAGAAUUGCAUUCCAUUGCCAAAGAUUAAGACAUUCGGAGAUCUAUUGUUGACGGCCUAAAUUCCACAUGAAACUAAAGGAUUAAAAAGAAGAAAAAUCCAUAUUUAUCGGGGGUAGCGGAACCAAAGGCAGACGGCAUGGGACUCGAUCUCUCGCAUUGUUUUGUAUAAAUAAAUGACAAAAUCCUCGCUA